CUCUCCCAGACGAACAAAAAGAUGGACCUUGAGAAGCACGACUCGCCGUCUCUGUCGGCUACGACUGACGGUCUGCCCGUCCUCACGUCAGAAAGAUUGGAACGUGCCGCGCGGGAGCAUCAACACUUUGAGAAGCGCGAUGGUCGCUUCAUCCUUGACCCCGAGGAGGCCCGCCAGGAGUUUGGCGAUGAGAUCGCCAAGUCACUCAAGCUGUCCGACGACGGCAAGUAUGUCCUCUGGCCUCAGCCGAUGGGCGAAGACGACCCGCAGUCGUGGAGCGAGGGCAAGAAGCGACUCACGCUCAUCGUGGCCGCGCUCGCCGCCUUCGUGCCCGACUUUUCCUCGGGCGUUGGUAUCGCUUCCCUCUUCAACCUCGCAAAGCAGUUUGAGACGACGCCAAACAACAUCAACAAUCUCACAUCCAACUGGUCCAUCUUCCUGCUAGGGCCCGGCGGCAUCUUGGCCGUCAUUCUCGCCAGGCGCUUUGGCCGUCUACCCGUCAUGUUCUGGUCGCAGGUCUUUGGCGUGGCAUUUAUGGUCGGGUGCACCUUUUCGCAGAAUCUGGCGACGUUCGCAGGGAUGCGCUGCCUCCAGGCCUUUUUCUCGACGGCGCCACAGGUCACGGGCCUCUACGUCGCCACCGACAUCUACCCCGUCCACCGUCAGAACCGCGCAAUCGCCCUCUGGACGCUCUUCUACAUCGUCUCGCCCUUCAUGAGCCCCUGGCUGUUCGGCUACCUCUGCGCGCGGCAGAGCUGGCGGUGGGCAUACGGAGCAGGCGCACUGUACGGCCUCGUCGUCGUGCUCCUCAUCGCAUUCCUCUUGGACGAGACCAUGUACGAUCGCCACCUCGGUCACCAGAGGCUGCAGCAGCUCAAGGAAGGACAGUCCAAGGGCCUGCGCCACCGCAUCGAGAAGCUCGUUGGUGUGGUUGGAUGGAGACUUCGCAAGCACCGGACCCCGUUCCUGCAGUCGAUCAAGGACUUCCUCGACGUUCUCUGGCGACCGCACUUUUUCCUGCCCCUCAUCCUCAUCAUGUUUGGUCAGUCUUUCGGCUUCACGAUUGGUAUUAAUGUUACGAACCCGGUGUUCCUAGCCACGCCAAAACCCAUCGGCUUCGGACUCAAGGAGGAUCUCGUCUCGACAAUGUACCUGACGCCCAUCGUUGGAGCUCUCAUCGGCGAGGUCCUCGCUCGCUUCCUCGCUCAGAUUUCCACACGCAUCUCGCUGCGGCGCAACCACGGCGUUCUCGAGUCCGAGGAUCUGCUUCUGCCCACCAUUCCCGGCAUCGUGCUGUACGUCAUCGGCAUGUGCCUCUUUGGAUGGGCCAACCUGCACAAGGAGAGCCUCGCCGGUGUCAUCUUUGGCUGGGGCCUCGUCGAGGUUGGCACGCUCAUCAUGGUCGUCGCCGUCCUCGCCAAGUCUUCGCUCGACUUUCCGGGCCGAGAGGGCGAGAUCUCGGCUCUCGUCAACCAGGCCAGGGUGCUCGGUGGCUUUGCCGUGCCUUACUUUGAGACCAUCUGGGCCGAGAGGGACGGCAGCCUCGUCGUCUUUGGCGCCGAGGGCGGCAUCGUUGCGGGUCUCUGGCUGCUCUCUGUGCCUACGCUCUUCCUCUUUGGAAAGAGUCUUCGUGAGCGGUUCAGCAUCAAGCAGCAGCAGCAUGCGUGA